GCUAGUCCAGGAGAGGGAGUGGAUCUAGGAGAACAGGUAUCUGCAGGUUACAUCCAGAAGGGAAGGGUAGGAAGACAAGCUGCGCGACCCCUUUAAAAGGCGGGGCCUGGAGAACGGAACUGCGGAACGCCACUGACAGACGCGCCCCGGAGGCCAAAAAACGUGCACCGGAAGCGUCUUAGGCGUGCGGAGCUGCGCCGCAAGAGGCCUCGCCGCUAUGGGCCGCAACAAGAAGAAGAAGCGAGAUGUCGACGAUCGGCGGCCGCGGCUCGUUCUUGGCUUCGAUGAGGAGAAGCGGCGAUUCUCCCUUUCCUCUUCCCUUUAGGGAGUACCUGACAGGCUUCCACAAGAGGAAGGUGGAGCGGAAGCAGGCAGCCAUUGAGGAGCUCAAGCAGCGGCUCAAGGAGGAACAGAAGAAGCUUCGGGAGGAGCGCCACCAGGAAUACUUGAAGAUGUUAGCAGAGAGAGAGGAGGCUCUGGAGGAGGCAGAUGAACUGGAUCGGCUGGUGACAGCAAAGACAGAGUCGGUGCAGUACAGCCACCCCAACCACACAGUCACUGUGACCACCAUCAGUGACCUGGACCUCUCAGGGGCCAGGCUGCUCGGGCUACCCGCAUCUGAGCAAGGGGCUGGACACGGGUCCAAGGAGGAGGCAUCCAUGGAGAAGCCAACCAGAGCCUUACCCAGGAAGUCCAGAGACCCCCUGCUAUCCCAGCGGAUCACCUCUCUCACAGCAUCGCUGCAUGCUCAUAGUCGCAAAAAGGUCAAGAGGAAACAUCCCCGACAGGCCCAGGACUCUGCCAAGAAGCCCCCAAGUGCCACUCGUACCAGCAAGACCCAGCGCCGCCGGCUGACGGGCAGAAGUUGGCACAGUGGAGAGUGAGUCCCGACCGCCAGGCCGGGCCCCAGCCUAGGCUAAAGGACCCGCCUGUCUCAGCGUGGCUGGCCCAGUAGCUCAUCCUGCCCUGAGGGAAUGGCUCCGAAGUUGGGAUGCCAGCCCCUCUCUGGCCUGGGACUUACACCCCAGAAGGAGCAGUGGGCUGAGGACUGGCUUCCGCCAUCAGAGCCAUUUUUGGGGCGUCUUCCUAAAUGUAUACCCCACUGGGCCUUCACCAGA